AUGGCGACUGGGUCACAGGGAACUAGGAGGAUGGCUUCUGCAAUUUUGCGGCCAUCAUCCAAUUCCACCGUCUGCAGAAGCUGUCAAGAAACACUCACCAUCACCCGCCGCAGCUACGCCUCAGCAGCAUCGACUCUCGUCAGCGGCUCAGACGCCUCCAAAACUGAGGUCCCCCUCGCCUCCAGCUCCGAAGCCGCCGGCACACCUGGGUACGAUAUCAAAGCCGGCGUCGUCCUUUCUCGGCCUCCACAAAUAACCCGCGAUCUUAGCCCCUUUGAAAAAUCAUUCUUCUUCUACCAAAAACGACUAAAUGAGCGCCUCGCGCUCCCCUUCACGCGAUACUUUUACUUCAAGCGCGGUACACCUGCAGACGAGGACUGGAAGAGGAAAUACAAAGAUCGUCUCACCCCUUCUCGCGACAUUGGUAAAUACAAUGCCUAUUCACCAGAGGCCUGGAAUGAUGAAUUACUCGUGGGCUCUGUCGAGUCGGAGCCGGAGCAUCAGGUAGAAAUGCUUUUGCGGGAUGCAGAGCUUGUGACCACCGCUUCGUCGGAGGGGGCAACCACGAAAAAAGUUGACAUUGAGCGUCCGGCUUCUCGGGUUACGGAGGCGGACAAACAGAAUGAUCAGAAGAGUUUGAAUAGGUUGUUGCAGAGAACGUUGUAUUUGCUGGUAAAGACAAAGCAGGGAUAUUGGAAGUUUCCUAGUUCGUCUGUAGGGUUGGAGGAGAAUUUGCGUUCGGCAGCCGAGCGCACCCUCUCCCAGUCCGCCGGUAUCAACAUGAACACCUGGUUCGUGGGCUUCCACCCCAUCGGUCACUACUCCUACAAGUUCAAGGCCCCCAAGCCCGACCCAGCCUCCAAGGAGCUCAUCGCAGGCGAAAAGACAUUCUUCUUGAAGAGCCGCAUUAUGGCUGGUCAGGCCGAUCUGCAGGCUAAUACGCAGGACAUUGCGGACUUCAAGUGGCUCGCAAAGGAGGAGAUUCAGAAGCUUGUGUUGCCGCAGUAUUAUAGCAGUAUUAAGAACAUGCUCGCGGAUCGGUGA